UAAGACAACACGAAGCUGCAAGAGAGGAGGUAGGGCGAGAGAGCAACGACAGCAUGCGGAUGUUCAAGAUAUUCGUGGACAAUCGAGAGUCCAGGACAAACAGCUUCCUACUCCAGGAGCUAUCUUCGCACCAAGACUACGUGGUAGAAGUUCAAGCAUGCAGGGAGAAUGGUUGCAGCAAAGCAGCGGCGGCCCCCCUUCGCACUGCUGCGUCAAGUCCACCCAUACCUGAACUCCUUGGGGCCGUCGCUUUAGGUACUGAUUCAUUCCGUGUGGAGUACAACGUAAAGCUACCAGGAACUUUGACGGCUUUCGACGGCUUCCAGCUGCGUUACUGCAAUGAACGCAGCCACUGCAGGCAAAUCCUUACUAAGCAGCAAAACGUCACUGUAGAAAAGUUGCAAGCGGCCACCCUGUACUCUGUUGAAGUGAGAACAGUCUUCAAAGUAGGCGAAAGAAUUGUCUUCGGGCCGCCUGUAAAUUGUGAGGUGCGGACACGCAGCUAUGUUCCUGAAAAACCACGGUUGAACACAGACUUAUCGGACAAAGGACCACACGUCAUCUUCCUGCAGUGGGAAUUCAACAAUAGCUACGUAGAGUAUGUAGAGGUAAGCCUUGACAACGGAACCAGAUGGGCUGGCUGCCAAGCGCACGUGGACUGCGAUGCCACAUUCCACUCAGCAAACCCGUACGAGCACCACGUAUUUCUCAGGCUCUUCGGAUUGCUACCCUACACGAUGUACAGAGUGGGCGUCCGCGGUUGCAGCUAUCGUGGAUGUGGACCAGCCACCUGGGCGGACGUACGCACGGAGGUUUCAGAACCAAGUGAGCCAUUGGGACUGAAAACAACUCGCUUGGAUGACGGCGGUGUUCGCCUCGAGUGGAGCCCGCCUUUGGUGCCUGCUGGAUUGCCCUCUGGUUACGUUGUCACAUGGGACUGCAGUAAUGGCGCACGUGACCACAUGACGGCCUCACUGCCAGGCACUAAUUUAACAAUAACAGGGCGGCGUUUGGCAGAAGGGACGUGCAGCUUCUCCGUUGCGGCCUACAACAACCUCGAGAACAGCAACACCGUGGUUGGAAAAGCUUCUCAAGUAUUUCUGCCUUAGAACCUUACGCAGCAGGAUGCCAAGCACUCGGAUAAUGUUUGCCACCACUGUGCAGUCUGCGCUCCGUGUUCAUAUCUGUGUCUGUGCUCUCUUUGUCAUAGAAACCUGUCCAUACCAUGGCGAAAAAAAAAAUAAAGCUCAAGAACGUUAAUU